AUGGGCAAGCGAAUCAUCGUCACCGGUGGCUCGGGGAAAGCAGGCCAGCACAUCAUCCGAUAUUUGCUCGCACAAGGCCACGAUGUGCUCAAUUUGGAUCUCGUGGCGCUGCCAGCAGAAUUCUCAGAACGUGUGCACACCAUGAUCGUCGAUCUAGCAGACAGCGGACAAGUGUAUUGCGCAUUGAGCUCGCAUUUCCACCUCACCGAGCCAUUCCGUGAACCGGUGAACUUGAUGCCGGACGCUGUCAUUCAUAUGGCCGGGUACUCGCGCAACAUGAUUGCCGCCGACAACGAGACGUUCCGGAGCAACACGAUGUCCACAUACAACAUAAUCGAAGCAGCCUGCAAACUGAACAUCAAGAAGAUCAUCCUCGCAAGCUCAAUAACGACCUAUGGCGUGAGCUACGCAGAGGGUGAUGUGGAGUACCCCUCUUUCCCGGUCGACGAAGAAGUCGACGCCAAUCCCAUGGAUACCUACGCUAUUGCAAAGGUCUGUGGUGAGCGGGUGGCGCGUGGAUUCGCCCGUCGUUUUGGGAGGGAUAUCUACGUGUUGCGGAUUGGGAGGAUAGUUGCGCCGGAGGAGUACAAGGAGGCUAUGUUUGAGAGUUAUGUGAAGGAGCCUGAGAAGUGGGCUGUGCAUGCGUGGGCGUAUACGGAUGCUCGAGAUCUGGGGAAGAUGUGCGAUUUGGCGGUUCAUAAGGAUGGGCUUGGAUUUCAGAUUUUCAAUGCUGUUAAUGAUGAGAUCACUAAUUAUGCGGCGUCGAGUGAGGGGUUUUUGAAGAAGGUUUUGCCGAAUUCGCCGUUUACACGCGAGAUGGGGGCGCGUGAGGCUCCGGUCACGAAUAGGAAGAUGAAGGAGUUGUUGGGUUUCUCUCAGGAUCACCCCUGGCAGAAGUAUUAUGAAGCAUGA